AUGACGCAGAGCUCAUCCUGGGGGUGGUCUACUUCCGGUCAGAUAGGCACUUCCAACUACCAACAUGCCAUCUCGAUGCUUCAAGAACCCAUUGAAGACCUGCUGUUCUCGGAGGAGGGUGUUCCUCUUCUGAUUGGAGGCGACUGGAAUGCACGUGUUGGUAUUGUGACUGAGGUAGACGAUGCUACCUUCGAAGGCACCUCUCUGUUUCCUGUUAUGACCACCCUUGAUACAGAGACCAGUGACAGAUGUACCCCGACGCUUAAUCUGAUGUCCUCUCUGGGUAUGACUAUCAUCAAUGGAAGAACUACCAGCGACUAUCCUGCCAAUUUCACAUACUCAAGGCUUGGAGAAUCCAUUAACGACACGAUCUGGUGCUCUGCACAUUCUCUACAAACGCUGCCACCUCCCCCUCCCCCUAAUUUUCCACUCUUCCGUCAAGCACCAAACAGUCUCCAGCAAACGUAUGAUCGGAUAGUCAAAGUCAUCUGGGAGGGUGCCCGCUCGGUUGGACUAGUCAUCUACUCGAGACCCUCCGUACCAUCUUCAACAUCUGGAUCACAAGGCCCCAAGUGCCGUAACCCAUGGUUCGAUGACGAGUGUGUUCCCCUCAAGGCCGAGAUCAAGCGUGCUCUGAAGCAAUGCUUUGUUUCUCGAUUCGAUGAUGCUGACAAAUUAACUCUGAAUACCCUCAAGAAGAAUUUCAAACUGGUCACUGAAAACAAGAAAAAGCUGUACGAGAAGCAGAUCAUUGAUUCCUUCGCCAAUUUAUCCAACCCCAAUGAAUUUUGGGCAGCGGUGAAAAGACUGAAACCGACUUUUGGCCUAAGAGACUGUGGACUUCCUAUUGAAGUGUGGAACUCCUUCUACCGAAACAUCUAUCCUCCUAGGAGCCUAACUUUCGAUCUACCCUCACGUACUGACAUCCAGGAACUGGACCGGGAGAUCUCACUCACCGAGUUGGAAACUGCUAUCAAACACCUCAAAAACGCAAAAGCUCCGGGUUUGGACGGUAUCACCAAUGAAGCCCUCAAGGCACUGACCCCCGAGUGGACAUCAUGCCUCCUCACGCUCUUUAACAACAUCCUCUGCGCAGAAGAAGUCCCACCGAGCUGGGCCGAGGUAGUUCUCUCAAUGAUUUUUAAGAAAGGAGACAAAGAUGACCCUGGGAACUACCGAGGCAUUGCCCUUGUCAACACAACCACCAAGCUUUUUACCGAGAUCCUAAGGAAGAGGCUGGAGAACUGGACUGAAUCAAAUGGACUGCUUCCUGAGUCUUAG